AUACAGGAGUCUGCCAAAUGCUUCAGUCCUCUGAUGCGUUCUUGCUCUGUCUUUAAGUGCAGACUGUGAAUCUUACCAUAGAGCGGGUGGAGAGAUCACCACUUGGGAUUUGUUGGCUCAUACAGUAGUUUUUAACUACAAACUUCCGUCUUUUAUUUUAAGUGUUUGCUGACUGAGGACAACCGAAAUUUCCACGUUGAACGGAGCAAGAUGCCUGGAGCACAAAUGGUCAGCAACGAUUCCAACAACUGCACAGCCGAGAACACGCCGCUGUAUGACUUCCUGUCUGCUGUGAUGAUCGUGGAGUUCAUUCUGGCUCUGCCUUUGAACAUCUCCGUCCUCUACCUCUUCAUCUUCAAGAUGAAGUUCUGGAAAUCAAACAGCAACAUGGUCUUCCUGUUUAACAUGGUCCUGGCAGACAUUCUCCUGCUGAUCUGUCUGCCUGUGAAAGCCUACCAAUACCAGAACGGGCAACGGCGCAGCGAGGAAGGGGUGGUGUGCAAGGCCAUGCUCUUCAUGCUGUUCCUGAACCGAGGUGCCAGCAUCGCCUUCCUGACGGUCAUCUCCAUCGACCGCUACUUCCUUGUGGUCCAGAAGAAGAACCUCCUCAAGGUGAUGAAAAAGUCACCUCUCAUUUCUGUCCUAAUCUGGGUGCUGCUGCUCCCGUUGACCGUGCCCACCAUGCUAAGGACCUUCGAGUGCUGCAACAGCCACGGCCGUGAGAAGGACAAUUUCACCGACACCCUGAGGGAGAUUGUGUUUUUCACCCAGAUUCUCAUCCCUUUCGCCAUCCUGGUCUUCUGUACAGUGCAGGUCGUGCGGAGGCUAAAAAGGAAGACAGUGGGGAACAAGACAAAGCUUCGCAGAGCGGUGUUUCUGGUCACCUCCGUUGUGCUUGUUUUUUCUGUCUGUUUCCUUCCCUGCACCAUAUCGAGAAUGGUCCUGCUGAUCGUAAGAGUCAAAGAACUGUAUGACAUAGAAGAAAUUGCGGUUCAGGUCUAUGAUGGCCUCAUGUGUUUCUCCUACAUGGACUGCUUGCUGGAUCCGCUGGUGUACUGCUUCUGCAGCACCAACUUCAAAAACCUGUAUUUGUCCAAGUUCUUCCCCUUUUUACUGAGCAAGGAUGGACAACACACUGACAGUACGAAUUCAUCUGGGAAUACACCAAAUCCAAAGCGGGUGAAUACAGUAAAAGAAGCCGGUGACCUUCUUUAA